GUUUCUCUUCAUAAGUAGUUGUAGUAACAUUUUUUUUAUACAUUGCAUAAACACUGCUGACAAUUAAAAUUCUCAAAAAAUAAAAUUUAAAAAUUAAAAUAUUUUCAAACCUUCCCACUACAAUGGCGGGAAAUUUAAAGUUAUAUUUUUGUUUGAUUGCAAUUUUUUCGUGCAUUUUUAGUCAAACAACAGCUUCUCUUAGUAUUGACAAUAUUGAAGAGAUGAUAACAACGAGAAAUGGUACAAUAACAUGUACACUAGUUGAAAAUCAUGAAUUACUUGUUCAAGAGAGUAUAAAAAGAAAGUCAUUUUUAUAUAAAUUACACAUUUUUGGUCCAGUUGUUCGUUUUAGCGAUAUACCUGAUUCAUCAUAUUGUCCAGGUGACAUUGUUGUCAUUGAACUUUUUGCAACUGAUAAAAUUAUCAUUGAUAAAGAUUAUGAUGCAUUGGGUGAGGAUAUAACAUUUGUUGUUGCUGCACCAUAUUGGGAAAUUAGUGGCAAACGAUUAAUUAAUUUAAGAGGACGCGAUGCUAAUGCCCAUGAGAGACAUACUGCAAAUAAUGGUCGUCGUGAUGGUAAUCUUGAAGGUGAAAAUGGCAAAGCUGGAAAUCCAGGUUUUCCUGGUGGACAUUUCCAUGGAAUUGUUCUACGAACAGAGAACUUUGAAAAUCUUGAAAUACGACUUCAAGGAGGAGAUGGAGGUCGUGGACAAAAUGGCGGCAAUGGAGUUGACGGUGUAACUGGAACGACAUUUGAUUUAUCAAAGGAAAAAAUUAAACGCAAUGGCGAUAUCGAUGGUUUUGAUACAAUUCUAAGACGAGAAAUAAAUCCACCGCUAUAUCAACCGGAGUUGGGUAAAGGAAUUCAAGUAGUUGUACUUGGAAAAAAAGGUACUAAUGGCGGUAAUGGUGGAAAUGGUGGUAUUGGAGGACAAGGUGGACUACCGGGUAUUUAUGGUUUUCUCAAUUUGGAAAAUUCAGAUUGUAAAAAAAAUGUUAUUUUCAAAGAAGUUCAUUCGGGAAGAAAUGGCCACGAUGGACAAGGUGGAAAGGGUGGUCUAGCUGGUUAUUCUGCAACUGAUAUUAUUUUAGAUCUUUAUUUUGGUAAUGAAGAUGAAGUAAUAAUUAAAUACACCGAAAAUCAUGAACAAGAGGAACUUUUAAAUGGACACAAUGGAUUAAAUGGUAAAUCAAGUGAAAACGAAAGGAAACAACCGGAACAUCCACAGUGGCAAAGCUUCUUACAUUCACUAGCUCGUUAUCAUGAUUUUUUGAAGGUUAAUGGAAAUGUAUUUUUAGAUAAGGAAACUGCAAAAAAUGUUGUACCGAAAGUUAAUAGAGUGGUAAAUAACGUUACGUGCAUGUUGUCACUGAUUCAGUAAUUUUUUAUUUAAUAUAUUAAAAAUAUUUGACACGCCCAUUUGAUACAUGAUAGCUAAGAAGCAAAAAAUUAUAGGUUAUGUUUAUGAUAGUUUUAGGGUCAAUUUACAAUUGCGAACAAUGUUCGUAAAGCUUAGGCUGCGUUUGAGCACUGUGCAAUUGGCCCUAAAACUAUCAUAAACAUAACCUAUAUCUUUUUUUUGCUUCUUAGAUCUCUUUAUUCAGAGUGCCUCACAUAUUUUAAAUUCGUGUCAAUAAUAUAAUACAUCAUUAUUAUUAGUUUAAGUUUUUAAUUAGUUAAAUAAAUUUGCAUUUGUAAUUGUAUGUCCAAAAUAAUUUUUUACUUUGUAUGUAGAUAAUAAAAAAUUUUUAAUUUAA